GUCAAAGUUCAGUUGUUUUGGUUUUUUGGGAAACUUUUAAUCGUGAUGAACUUUUCUUAAUUCUUAAGAAUUCUUAAAGAACUAGAAAUAUUAACUCUAUUGCGUGAUAAAGAAAAGGGCGAUAAAACCAUGAGACUGAUCGAGAAAGUGUUCAACCCAACGGGAAAGAAGCAUACCGGAACUCUUAUCUUCUUUCACGGAUCCGGGGACACCGGGAAUGGACUGACGGAGUGGAUUCGAUUUCUGCUUGGCCGUGAUAUGGAGUUCCCGCACAUAAAGGUCAUCAUUCCGACGGCCCCCGUUCAACCGUAUACCCCGAUGGGUGGAGAAAACUCGAACGUCUGGUUCAACCGGAAGCGCAUCGAAAUGGACUGUCCCGAGAUUCGCACGUCGCUCGCUUCGAUCUACGACACCGUGAACGAGCUGCUGGUGCGUGAGAUGGCUGCUGGCGUUCCGCUCAGCCGUAUUAUUGUCGGAGGUUUCUCGAUGGGCGGUGCGCUAGCCCUGCAUACGGCCUAUCAUCUUAACCGCGACCUGGGCGGUGUGUUCGCAAUCUCCUCGUUCCUCAACACCGGCAGCAUUGUCUACGAUUCACUCGACUGUGUUUCGCCCGACGAGCGGCUGCCGGAGCUUCUUAUGAUGCACGGUGAACGCGAUACGCUCGUGCCGAUCGAAUGGGGACAAACAAGUUUCGAUGAGCUGGCGAAGCUCGGUGUGCGGGGACAGUUCAUUCCCCACGCCACAGCACUGCACGAGAUCAAGAAAGAUCAACUGCUGCGAGUGAUCGACUGGGCGCAGAAGCUUAUACCCGAGCAGGAAGAUGAAAAGAGCCCGUCACCACCGCCCAAGGAAGCGUCAUCGAAAAGCACCAAAAAAGGGAAACUGUGAUGAUUAGAGACGGGGCUCAUCUCAGAAUGCAUUGAUAUGCUGAUACGGAAGUGCAUUGUAGGAUGAUUGAUAAAGUACCGUUCGAUUGUCGCGAUUGAGCUAAAAAUAUCGUAAUCGAUUACCCUCAUAGUCGGUGGCAGAAUGUUCCUAUUAAUAGUGCCGCAGGACUACUAGUUCUCGUGUAAAUGAUAAGGAACUCGUAGAUCAUUAACAGGCGGGAUUCUGGGAUUCGCUUGUGUAUCAUGCAGGGAAGAUCUAUUAGAUCUUGGGUUAAGGGAAAACAAGGUUAUUAAUUGUUGAAGGGAAACAAUGCAAAACGGUCGAUUUUGGAACGUUCAUCAGAGGUAAAGUACCUCAAAAAAGAAGAAAACUAUCCUUGUAGUUAUGAUAAGAUUAACCGUAAAUUAUUAGAUCCCAUCAUAGUUCGUUCUAACGAUACCAAACCAAUAAAUUUUCUACAGUUUUUACACUGAUU